AUGGACCCAAACAUGAUUGCUGAUAUGGCUUCUCUUCCGGCGGAAGAUCAACAGAGAAUGACUGCCAUGAUCGAUCAGCUUCAAGUCCGUGACAGCUUGAGAAUGUAUAAUAACCUAGUGGAAAGAUGCUUUCAAGAUUGUGUAGAUACAUUUAAGCAUAAAUCCCUCCAAAAGCAGGAGGAAACCUGUGUUCGAAGAUGUGCAGAAAAAUUUCUAAAGCACUCUAUGCGUGUUGGCAUGAGGUUUGCUGAGCUCAACCAAGGAGCUGCAACUCAAGAUUGA